AUGAUGCCCGCAUCACAGGACGCAAAUGCUGAGAUCGGCAUAACGGCAGAGCACAGUACCGACGAUCAGAAGAGCUCCUCAUCUCGUCUAACAUCGACAUCUACGCCCGGUCAUCGAGGUGUCUUUGCAACCCAGCCAGCGGAUUUUAGGCUCCGUGGACAUGGUAGAGCUUCCAGUCCAAGCCUGUUGUCUGGUGAUCAGAGCGCAGAUACUUCAAUUGUUGGCACAGCUUCGGCUAGCCCCAUCAAUAUCCCAUAUGCAUCGCUCAGUACCGCCCCAGCAGCGGGCUUCACAUCGAGGAAUCAAGUGUUGGACCAGUCAGAACAUGCCACUUCGCAUGCUCAUCCUCACCCUCUUGUUCGAAGGGCGGCCGCUGCUGAGGCAAUGGGCCAGAGCGGUGGACAUGGCAGGAGCGGGAGGCUGCGCAGAGCCAGCACAUUGGGCAGUGAAGUCAUCUCGGGGCUGGGUGAGCCGGAAGCAGCCAGCAAAGAGGAGGGCAAUCCUGCUGGAGAAAUGUACGAGGGGCAGACAGACUCCAUCUCGCCAGGACGAGGUCAGGAGGGUGACGCGCCGAUGGACGCCGAUGAGGAGAUUCCAGCUCCUGCAUCACCCGAGGCUCUGCACCUUCGAGCAAGAGGUCAGCCCCCGCCUCAGCUCAUGACGAUGCCCUCUAAUUUUGUGUCGAGCUCUUCGCCCGCGCUCGCGGCGCUGCAAAGACGUAGAACCUCGAGUAGAGGUGGCAGGGGGCAUGCCGCCUCGCCAAGUUCUCGAGACUCUGCGUCAGGCUCGGCGUCACCUUUGAGCUCUGCUGCUAGCCACUCCAUGUUUUGGAACGAAGGACCCCUCGCGCCUGCGAUCGAGAGCAUGGACGACAUCUCUCCCAUUGAUGGGGCUCGACGUCGAUCUCGAAGUCCAGUAGUCAUGUCCGACGAGGAUACUGGCAGGCACGGAAAUGUGACGAUGGUCAGCAGCAGCGACUACGAUAUGGUGGACAUGGCAUCGCUGAGCCCAGCAGCGGACCGCUCCCGCAGCUCUGACUCGCCCAUCUCUUCUAUCAGGACCACUUCUGGUGGAAUCUUAGAUGGCCAGGAAUCAUCAACGGCAGGCAUCGCAGCACCCACGAGUGCGACGGGAAACACCGCGCUUGAUCCGCCUACCGGACGUGGAAGCACAUCAGCGUCUUCAAGUAGUGGAACACCGCAUAGCUCGGGUAUCAGAAGUGGAGUGGUGCGCAGGGCGGUGCGCAGGAGCAAUCUGACGGUAUGUCCGAGCUACAAUCCCUCCCCGAGUAUCUGCGCUUCAAUUUGGUAGCUCAUCCUCGCUUUCACGACGUACGCACAGCCGAGAGAUCGAUCCAUCAUGCGAGUCGCCGCCACAUUGCAGGAUGAAUCAAGGCCUACAGACAGCGAAGUGGCAUCAGAAGCAAAACUUGCACGAAAAUUGUGCGGCGAAGACGGACCAGUAAUGCCACCCAUCUCGCGCAACAUCUUCGACCCUGCUGCUUCGCGAGCUGGCGCGCCAUUCGAUGCAUUUCGCGGCAUCAACAGCAAAGGCUUUGGCUUCGGCCGGAGAAAUGGAAGGGACACUUCGAUGUCGCCUAGCCGGGAUGGCGAUGCAGAGAACGCAGAUUCUGCUACGAGUGAUGACGACCUCGGUAUGUCUACCAGCUAUCAAGCGCGGAGACACGAUACGGAUGAGGAGAAAGAGCUGCGAGAGGCCAAUAAUUCAGCUGGAGACCUCGACGAGUCGACGGACCCGGACAAAAGUGGCCUGGCGUCGAGCGCCCCGUCCGCGACCAAGCGCGGAUCACUUUGGAUGGGCUUUAGGGAUGUCAAGACGCGACAGUCGCCAGGCUCGGAGAGACUACGUCGAGCAAGAACGCCUGGCGCCAUGUCCACAGGCUCGAUCGACGCUGAUCAAGGGAUGCCCGCACCCCUUUCUUUGGCUGGCAUGAUGAGCGCAACGGGUGUCAGUGCUAGCGGAUCGCCAGGCUUUGUAGGCAGGUCGGCCAAGAGAAAGAUGGGAGCAGAAGAGCGCUUCGACCCCUACACUUCAAGCGCAUAUAAGCGUCGCGCCGUCAGCCCAGCCACUUUGAUUCUUGGCAGCGGUGCGACACAUCCUCUCAUCAGUCCAAGCUUGUCUGCUACCCCAGCAAGCUCUGCUCUGGGCGCGGCGUCGACCUCAGGUCUUCCUAAUCCGACGCCCCUUUCUAUUCCAUCGCCUACGAUUGGGUUUUCGGCCGGCCUUUCCGGCAGCUCGGGCAAUCGCGGUGGAUCAUACUUCGCCACACACUUUCCUUCUCGCAUGAGCAUCGGAGCUGGUGCAGCAGGCUCAUCAGCAGCAGGAAGCGGACAGCCACACAUGAGCGCGAGUCGAUCCUCUCGAUCUGGCAGUCCAGCCACACGUCCUUCGACACCGACAGGAUGUCCGCCGCCUUUCAACGCUUACAGCGGAGGGGCAGGUCCUUCGCCUGGUAUACUUUCUAGCUCUGCUGGCAAAUCAGGCUCGGGUCCGGGCUAUGGCAGUGGUGCGCUCGGCUUGAGCAUCAGUGGCAACUCUGCUGCUCUCGGACUGGGUCUCGGUCGCGCAAGGGGCGCAUCUCUCCUCGGUAUUGAUGAUGAUGAGGAAGCUACAAUGGAUGAUGGAGUCGGUGCAAUGCGGCUCAACAAUGAAGGCGAAGUAGCGCAGCCUUCCGCUGAGAGUGAUGCUGCCGGCGACAUGAAGUGA